AUGGAGUUGAAGUUCUUUUCAUGUAAACUUUUAUCAUUUCUCCUAUGUCUUUCCCUUGGUUUUUUCCCAUCAAUAAACUCUGCUGAGUUUUUUGAUUGCAUCUCUAGUAAACUUUCUUCAAACUUCACAUCAACAGACAUUGUCAUCACCCCAGAUGACACUUCGUACUCCACUAUCCUUCAAUCCACCAUCCAAAACCUUAGAUAUUCCACCGACAAAACCCCAAAACCAUUAGCAAUAAUCACACCCUUUUCAUAUUACCAUGUCCAAUCCACAAUCAUCUGCAGCAAGGCAUCUGGACUUCAAAUUCGAAUCAGAAGUGGAGGUCAUGACGAUGAAGGCCUUUCCUACACCUCGCAUGAUCACACCCCUUUCAUCCUUCUUGACAUGAACAAACUCCGGUCAGUCACUGUGGAUUUAGAUGAUAACACAGCAUGGGUCGAAUCCGGUGCAACUAUUGGCGAAUUAUAUUAUUGGGUGUCUCAGAAGAGUAAUCUUCUAGGAUUCCCAGCUGGAGAGUGCCCGUCUGUAGCGGUGGGAGGGCACCUUAGUGGAGGAGGAUUCGGUACGAUGGCAAGGAAAUAUGGAUUAUCUGCUGAUAAUGUAAUAGAUGCAUAUAUUGUUGAUGUUAAUGGGCGGAUCUUGGAUAGAAACUCAAUGGGUGAAGAUCUAUUUUGGGCGAUUAGAGGUGGUGGAGGAGGUAGUUUUGGUGUUAUACUAUCUUGGAAGAUCAGCCUUGUUUAUGUUCCACCGGUAGUUACAGUUUUCAGUCUUUCUAAAAAGCUAGACGAAGGUGGUACUCAGAUUUUUAACAAGUGGCAGUAUGUUGCGCACAAUCUCACUAAAGAUUUGUUCAUUCACCUUGUAAUAAAUCUUGCUCCGGUGUCUAAGCAAGAAGAAAACAGAACAUUGCAACUAACAAUCAACGCACUGUUCUUGGGUACAGCUGAUAAGCUUAUAGAAAUAGCCGAGGACAGAUUUCCAGAACUGGGAUUACAGAAAACGGAUUGCAUUGAGAUGAGUUGGAUAGAAUCAGUAGUUUACUUUUCCGGUUAUUUAAGUGGAGAAGGCAUUGAUGCUCUAAGAGACCGGAGACCGUGGCCUAAAAGUUAUUCCGUAGGUAAAUCAGACUAUGUCAAGAAACCAAUCCCGGAAGAAGCAUUUGAAGACAUCUGGAAAUGGUGUUUGCAAGAAAAUCUACUACUGGUGAUAGAGCCACAUGGCGGAAGGAUGAGCGAGAUAGAUGCGACUGAGACCCCGUACGCACACCGGGAAGGAAAUUUGUACAUCAUACAGUAUUUCAUGCGAUGGACCGAUGAUGAUUUCAAGGCAUCUAAAAAGCAUGUUGACUUGAUAAGAGAAAUACAUGAGAAGAUGACACCAUUUGUGUCCAAUAAUCCAAGGGAGGCUUACGUGAACAUUAGGGAUUUGGAUCUAGGUACAAAUGGUAAGGGUGGAUGUGGUUCAAGUUACGAGCAUGCAUUAGAAUGGGGAAGCAAGUAUUUUAUGGGAAAUUUCAGGAGGUUGGCAAUUGUAAAAGGUGAAGUUGAUCCAACCAAUUUCUUUGGUCAUGAACAAAGCAUCCCACCUCUUGUAUUAUCUUAUCCGUAUUAG